AUGUCUGAAACAGGUUCUAUCUCAUCCGCUACUCAAUCUAACCCACCACUAAAGGAUACCACAAUUGAAUCCACGAACCUCGACUCUGUUGAUACUGUCGCUUCGCCUGUUCCUACUCAAGGCAUUAGCGCUGACACUAAUACUGACGCAGCUACUACUACUGCACCAGCUGAAGAAGUCACCAUCCCAAAAGUUACUGAGGCCAAUGUUGAGCAUAGAUUCUUAUUAUCAUUAAGGGAAGCUGCUGCAUUGAUUGGUAAGAAAGGCGCCACAAUAAAGAGAAUUAGAGAAGACAAUGAUGUGAAAAUUGCAAUAAACGCAUCAUCUCCCUUAUGUACGGAUAGAAUCCUUCAAUGUAACGGUUCUAUUGAAAAUGUAUCCAAAGCAAUUGUUGAUUGUCUUAAAGUCAUUAAGGAAAAUGUCAAUAAACCAACUAAACCAUUCAGUUUCUCAUUUUUGAAUUCAUUAAUGUCCAAACCAACUACAUCUGAUUUUAAGAAUGUUAAGACCGAUGAAGAUUUAGAAAAUGUUCAAAGUAUAAGGUUGAUCUUAUCCACCAGUAUGAUUGGUGCUGUCAUUGGUAAAAACGGUAAUAUCAUUAAAAAAUUGAUGGAAGAUCACGAUGUUAGAAUCGUUGCUAGUAAGAGACAAUUACCAGAUAGUUUUGAACGUAUCUUGGAGAUUCAAGGGUUAGCAAAUGAAAUAGCUGAAUGUUUAACUGUAGUUAGUCAUAUUGUCUUAGCAAAUAGAGUUAUUGAUCCUAAGGGUGAAAGGCGUUAUGUUCCUCACGCUGAAAAGCAUGCUAGAAAUAAUAAUAAUACUAAUACUAAGAAAUACACUGGCAGUGUUGUUGUUCCUGAGAAGUAUGUUGGUACUUUGAUUGGUGUCAAAGGUUCAAGAAUUAAUAAUUUAAGAAGUUUCACCAAUACCGAGAUUAAUAUCGUAAAUUUUAAGGAUGAAGCUACCAAUGAAAAUAAAAGUAGAUUUACCAUUGUUGGUAAAUAUGAGAAAAAUGUUAAAACAGCAGAAAGUAUGUUGAUAAGAAAUUUGGAAGCUGAGCGUGUAAAAUCUAAAAACCGUGAGGCAAGGACUGGUGGUAAGAAAUCAGAUAAUCAAGCUGAUACAAACGUUUCCAAAAAAGGUGACGCUGUUAAUGCAUCAACCCCUAUUGCAGUUGAAUUUUGA